AUGAAGUUCUCCACCGCUGUCGUUGCUCUCGUUGCUGCCGGCCUGGCCAACGCCCAGCUUCCCAACGUCCCCAAAUGCUCGCUCGACUGCUUCGUCAAUGCUCUGACCUCUGAUGGCUGCUCGGGCCUGACCGACUUCGCCUGCCACUGCCAGAAGCCCGCUCUUGUCAGCGACAUUACUCCCUGCGUCAAGAAGGCUUGCGACGUCGCGGACCAGAUCUUGCUCCUCUGCCGGCCACCCCAUCUCGGUUCCCCCGGUUGUGACCACCACCUCUUCUGCCCCCACCUCUUCCAAGAGCAGCAGCGCCCCUCCGAGACCAGCGCUACCGCCACCGGCACCGGCACCGGCAGCAGCAGCAGCAGCAGCAGCAGCAGCAGCAGCGCCAGCAGCGGCAGCAGCGAGUCCUCCUCCGCUCCUUGCACCUCGAUGACUAGCUCUUCGCCCGCUGGCGCUUCCACCCCUGCCUCCGGCUCCACCCCCGCUGGCACCUCGACCCCUCUGGGCAGCAAGACCGGCUCCAGCCCCGGUUCCACCAGCUCGCCUGCCUUCAACGCCGCUGUCGGCAUCAAGGGUAACAUGGCCGGUGUUGCCGCUAUUGCCGCUGCCGCUGCCUAUGUUCUGUAA